ACCACACUGUGUUUACUGUUUAGGAUCUUCUCUCUCUCACACGCACAAAAAAAAAAAAAAAAAAAAAGGAAAACAAACAUUCCCGAGCGUGGGGAUCUCAGAUUCAUCAUUAAUUCCAAACUUAUGAGGUUCUUCUCCACUCGUACUCCAAUUUUGAUGUAAUGAUUGCUUAAAACAAUAUGACAAACUCGGCAGGGCCACUUCCAGCUGGCCUCUCUUUCCCACCCAAACUCAACCCACUUACCUCCCGCCACGUGGCCGUCAUCGGCGCCGGCGCCGCCGGUCUCGUCGCUGCCCGUGAGCUGGGCCGCGAGGGCCACAGAGUGGUGCUCUUCGAGCGCGGAGACCAAGUGGGUGGCACCUGGGUCUACACUCCCAAGGUCGAGUCCGACCCACUUGGGCUCGACCCACGUCGAACCAUGGUCUGCUCGAGCCUCUACAAGUCCCUCCGCACCAACCUCCCCAGAGAGGUCAUGGGUUUCCGAGACUUCCCAUUUGUGGCCAAAAACGACGACGUUGAGAGAGACCCAAGAAGGUUUCCGGGUCACAGAGAGGUUUUGAUGUAUUUGAAGGACUUUGCGGAGGAGUUUGGGAUUGAGAAAUUGGUAAGGUUUCAGACUCAGGUGGUUUAUGUUGGUGUGGUGGAGAGUGGGAAUAAGUGGAAAGUGAGGUCAAAGAAGAGAUCAGGUGAUAAUGAGGUAGAGUUGGAUGAGAUUUUUGAUGCUGUUGUUGUCUGUAAUGGGCACUUUUCAGAACCCCGUAUUGCUGAAAUUCCUGGGAUCGAGACUUGGCCGGGGAAACAAAUUCAUAGCCAUAAUUAUCGCGAGCCUGAGCCAUUUCAAGAUCAGGUUGUAAUUUUGAUAGGGAGUUCAGCAAGUGCUGUUGAUAUUUCCCGAGAAAUAGCUGGAGCUGCCAAAGAAGUCCAUGUAGCAUCUAGAUCCAUUGUUGAUGAAAACAUUGGAAAGCAACCUGGCUAUGAUAAUAUGUGGCUUCAUCCAAUGAUCAAAAGCGCUCAUGAAGAUGGUAGCGUGAUAUUCCAGGAUGGGAGUGUCAUCGUCGCCGAUGUCAUUCUUCAUUGCACAGGGUACAAAUAUUAUUUCCCUUUCCUUGAAACCAAUGGCAUUGUGACCAUGGAUGACAAUCGCGUCGGGCCGUUGUAUAAGCAUGUUUUCCCUCCAGCCUUGGCUCCAUGGCUUUCAUUUGUUGGGUUACCAUGGAAGGUUAUUCCUUUUCCCUUGUGGGAACUUCAGAGCCAAUGGAUAGCAGGCCUUCUGUCUGAUAGGAUCACGCUUCCAUCAGAAGAGGAGAUGAUGGCGGAUGUUAAUGCAUUUUACUCUACGCUUGAAGUUUCCUGCAAGCCAAAGCGGUACACUCAUCAAAUGCCGGGUUUAAGUCAGUUUGAGUAUGAUGAUUGGCUUGCGGUUCAAUGCGGUUUUUUGGUGUCUGAAGGAUGGAGGAAAGAGAUGUAUGCUUACGCUUCCAAGAGAAAGCGUACUCACCCAGAGACAUACAGGGACGAUUGGGAUGAUGAGGACUUGAUAUUACAAGCCCACCAUGACUUUGCAAAAUACCUCCCAAAUGGAAUCAAUGGUUAUUAAACAAGUUAUUUUUUCAUUCAUCAAUUUGUCUAGGAGUGGUAAUUAUUUCCUUUCUUUGUGAACUCUUCCAACUCUUGAUUAAUAAGAUUUGGUCUCGGGUUUUUCGAUGAAAAAUCGAAAAUAAAUAUUACUAAAUAAUCUCGCUGAUACCUCCUUUUAUUUUUGGAGGUGAUUAAGCAUAUAUGUACUUCAUAAUCUUUUCAUGUUCGUUCUCUGGAAUGAAGAAAAGAAUCAAUAAAGCAGAUCUGAUCCUGUUUUGAUUAAUUGGAGAUUUGAACCUGUUCAUGAUGUAACAAUUUAGAGAAUAAACUCUUGAAUUAAUAUGAGGAAUUA